UCAGAGUCUCCGUGCCUGCCUCGUCUUUCUCAGUGUAGAGCCAGACCACAAAUGGCGAUGCUACUCACCUCACACGCUUCUCUAUUCUUCAAAAACCCUAAAACCCUUCGAUUAUCUUCAAUCCCCACCCAAAGCCCUUCUCUCUCAUUCGCCAAAGUCUCCACCCAAAACCCUCUUUUCUCCUCCAUUCGCCUCUAUGCCGCAUCCCCCGACAACCCUGACUCUUCCUCCAUCAAACCACCGUCGGCCAGCGACGGUGAUGCAUCGGAUUCCGAGGCGUCUGAUCAAGACAUUCAGCAUGAUGCUGCUCCUGCUGGUGUCGCCGACGAAUGGGGUGAGAAGGCGGAGCCGGAGCCGGAGCCGGAGGAUUCGUACACGAAGCUCUCCGGCGCCGACCCACCCAAAGACGAGGAUGAGUGGGGUGGAGAUGGGGAUGCGAAGGACUCGUACAUCAAGUCGGGCAAUGGGAUAGCAACCGCAGCGGCGGCGGAGGUGGAUGAGGUUGGGGAUUUGAAGAAAUGUUUGGUGGACACGGUGUACGGAACGAAUUUCGGGUUUGAGGCUACCGCAGAGGUGAGGGCGGAGGUUGUGGAGUUGGUGAACCAGUUGGAGUCGGUAAAUCCGACUCCGGCUCCAACGGAGGCGGCGGAGCUUCUCGACGGCAACUGGGUUUUGUUGUACACAGCAGCUUCUGAGCUAUUGCCUCUUCUGGCAGCAGGUUCUACUCCUUUGUUGAAGGUUAAAAGUAUAUGCCAAUCAAUUGAAACCAGCAGCCGCACCAUCGUCAACUCCACCACUUUGUCAAGCCCCUUCGCGACCUUCUCCUUCAGUGCAUCGGCCACGUUUGAAGUUCGAAGUCCUUCAAGAAUACAGGUCCAAUUUAAGGAAGGAACCCUGCAGCCUCCAGAGAUAAAGUCAAGCCUUAAUCUUCCAGAAAAUGUGGAUGUCUUCGGGCAGAAAAUCAAUUUGUCAGCUGUGCAGCAGUCUCUUAAUCCACUUCAGGAGGCAGUGGCAAGCAUCUCACGAGCCAUUUCUGGGCAGCCACCUCUGAAGGUUCCGAUCCCAGGCGAAAGAAGCUCCUCAUGGCUUCUCAUCACCUACCUUGACAAGGAUAUUAGGAUCUCAAGGGGGGACGGUGGUCUUUUUGUGCUUGCUAGAGAAGGUAGUCCUCUCCUAGAUCUCUACUAGACACAAGGUAGAAGCUUACCUAUGAUAUUCAUGAUGUGUAAAGGGCACGCAUAUAGGUUCUAUAUAUUACUCUUGUUUGUAUUGGUUUUGGUUCUGUCUUGCACCCACAUUUUUACAAGGUAAAAAAGAACAUAUGCCAGCUUACCCAUUACUCCAUUUUCUGUUUGGCCACCGAGUGGUUUAGGAAUAAAGGAAAAUUAUGAA